GGGACCGAGGCCUGGGAGCCUCGCAGCCUCCGCUCAGCCCAGAGUCUGCAGGUCGUAGCCGCGCUGAAGCGCCCUGCUGAGGAUAUGAAGUUUGAGGAUGUGGCUAUUGCCUUCUCCCAGGAGGAGUGGGGGCUCCUUGAUGAGGCUCAGAGACUUCUGUACUGCGAUGUGAUGUGGGAAAUCUUCGCCCUUAUAACAUCUGUUGGUUGUUUCCAUAAAAUGGAAGACGAUGAGGACCCUUCUGAGCAGAGUGUAUCUAUAGAUGGAAAACCACAGGUCAGUUCUUUUAAGACAGCACUUGCAACUCAGAAAACCCAUUCCUGUGAGCAGUGUGUCUCAGUCUUGAAAACUAUUUUGCACCUGACUGAGUUCCAAGCAGCGUACCUUGAGCAGAAAGCAUUCUUCAGUGAUGUGUGUGUGAGAGGCUUCUGUUUCAGUGCCAACCUUCAGCAGCAACAGAAACCUGCCAGUGGAGAGAAGCAUCUGAAAGGAAAUAUAGACAUGGCCUCGUUUGCAACAAGGUGCAGGUACUAUGUACCAAGGGCACCUUUCACCCAUGUUGAUAUUGGGGAAGACCUCCCAGCCAUCUCCGGCCUUUUCCAGUACCGGGUCACUCCUAACAGUGAAGAGCCACACAGUGGUGGUAAGAGUGGGCAGGGCUUUCACAGCAGAAAAAGUCAUCCCCAGUUGAGUGAAUGUGAAAAAGCUGCCAGCCACAACCACAAAAUCGUUCAGUAUCAGGGUAUCUGCUCUGGAGAAGGUCUUUAUGAGUGUAGGAGAUGUGGAAAAGCAUUUGGACAAAUCUUUAAUCUCAUUCAACAUAGAAGAGUUCACACUGGAGAAAAGCCGUAUGAGUGCAGUGUUUGUGGAAAAUGCUUUAACCGCAACUUUUUCCUUCUUCGACAUCAGACUGUUCACACUGGAGAAAAGCCGUAUGAAUGCAGUGAUUGUGGGAAGUCCUUCAGCCAAAGGUCUAACCUCAUUCAACAUCAGAGAGUGCAUACUGGAGAAAGGCCCUAUGAGUGUACUAAGUGUGGAAAGUUCUUCAGCCAAAGCUCUACCCUCAUUCAACACCAGAAAAUUCAUACUGGAGAAAAGCCGUAUGAGUGCAGUGAUUGUGGGAAAUCUUUUAGACUUCGCUCUCACCUUAUUCAACACCGUCGAGUUCAUUCUGGUGAAAGGCCUUAUGACUGUGGUGAAUGUGGGAAAUCUUUUAGCGAUACCUCUAGCCUCAGUAGACACCAGAGAAUUCAUACUGGCGAAAAGCCACAUGAGUGUAGUGAUUGUGGGAAGUUCUUCACCCAAAGAUCUGCCCUCAUUCAACACCAGAUAAUUCAUACUGGAGAAAAGCCUUAUGAAUGUAAUGAAUGUGGGAAAUCCUUUAGAAAACGCUGUGAGCUUAUUCAACACCGUCCAGUUCAUUCUGGAGAAAAGCCUUAUGAGUGUGGUGAAUGUGGGAAGUUUUUUAGCAUUUAUUCCAGCCUCUUUAGACACCAGAGAAUUCACAGUGGAGAAAAGCCAUAUGAGUGUAGUGAAUGUGGGAAAUCCUUUGCACAACGCUCUUAUCUUGUUCAACACUGUCGAGUACAUUCUGGAGAAAAGCCUUAUGAGUGUGGUAAAUGUGGGAAAUACUUUAGCUAUACAUCUAACCUCAUUCAACACCAGAAAGUUCACAGUGGAGAAAAUCCUUAAAUUCAUUAUAUGUGUGGUGCAUGUGGGAAAACUUUCCGCCGCAAACGUACACUUGUUCAGCACCAGAGAGUCCACACUGGAGAAGGACUGUAUGAAUGCAGUGAGUGUGGGAAAACCUUCAGCUACAAGCACUCAUUUGUUCAGCACAAGACAAUCCACACUGGAGAAAAGCCUUUUGAGUGCAGUGAAUGUGGGAAGGCCUUCAGAUUCAAAUAUAAACUUGUUGAGCACCAACGUAUUCACACUGGAGAAAGGCCUUAUGAGUGCAGUGACUGUGGGAAGGCUUUUGGAUUUAAAUCCAGACUUGUUCGGCAUCAGAGAAUUCACACUGGGGCAAAGCCUUAUUCGUGUGCUGACUGUGGGAAACUCUUUAGAUACAGCUCUAGCUUAGUUCAGCACCGGAGGAUUCACACUGGAGAAAUGCCUUAUGAGUGUAGUGAAUGUCGGAAAUGCUUUAGACAAAACUCCAGCCUCAUUCAGCACCAGAAAUUUCACACUGGAGAAAGUCCUUAUGAGUGCAGUGAAUGUGGGAAAUCUUUUAAACACAGCUCCAGCCUCAUUCUACAUCGGAGAAUUCACACAGGAACAAGACUGUAUGAAUGCAAUGAAUGUGGGAAAUCUUUUAGCCAAAACUAUAGCUUCAUUCAACACCAUAAACUCCAUACUAGAGGAAGGAUUUAAGAGUGCACCCUCCAGGAGAAAGCCUUCAGCUUACAGUCCGCUCUGACCCCGCACCAGAAACUUUACCACCCAGAUACGUUUCAUGAAUUCAAUGUGAGAAUUCCACAGAUGACAAUGAAUGGUAUUAGACUUGGAGGGCCUCUGUGAGGGACCAUCUUCCUUGAGUUCCAAGAAUGUGAGUUUUCAGCAACUGCAUUUUAUAUUCUGACCUGCUCAGGACCCUUGCUAGAAUAAUGCCAAUUUCUGUGGAGAAGUCAUCUCACCUCUACCUCCUGGCAGGUUCCCACAGCAUGUAUCGGUCACCACAACGUGGUCAGAAAAGAAGGGCACAGUCUGACAACUGAUGGUGGCAUUUUACCUUCUUUGUGGCAUUGCUGGUCUUACGUGAUAUUUUUGAUGGACUUUCUACCCUUCCAAGACCAGCCUGGAAACUUUCUGCCUCACAUUGCCCUGGACUGUGCAAUAAGAAGUCUCAAUUGCUUAUGUAACCUUUAACCUUAAAACUUAUAUUUGCUGUGUGGGGUAGGUUGAAAACAGAAUUGAGCUCUGCCAAUGUGAAGAGGAGGACAGCUUUCUCGAGAUCUUCAGAGGGGACAGUAUGAUAUCAGAGAGUACCUCUUAGAACAGUUUUUGCCUAAUCUGUUAAGAUAAGAAUAAAUAUUUGGUGUUUGUCCCCAGUUCCUGGCACAGAGGUUCUAAAACCCUUGGAAUCCCCUGAGUGAGAAGAGGUGUCAAUAAAGAGCUUCAGGAAUGGCUCUCGCCCCCAGAUUAGAAGGUUAAAACUUUCAGCCCUACCCCUCAGUGGGGUGACACUGUGGAGGUGGAGACUGAACUUAGUCACCAGUGGCCGGUGAUGUAUUCAACCUUGCCUACUUAAUGACACCUUGAUAAAAACCUCUAAAUAAGAGGUGUUGUGCCCUGGCUGGUGUGGCUUAGUGGAUUGAGUGCCACCCUGCAAAUUUAAGGGUUGGCAGUUCAAUUCCCAGUCAGGGCACAUGCCUAGGGUGUAGGCCAGGUCCCUAGUAGGGGAUGUAUGAGGGGCAACCACACAUUGAUGUUUCUCUCCCUCUCUUUCUCCUUCCUCCUCUCUUAAAUAAAAUUUUUAAAAAGAGUUUGAGGAGCAGCUGGGUUGGUGAACACAUCCAACCAAGAGAGGGGUAUACCCUGACCCCACUGGGAUAGAGGCUCUUGCACUUGGGGAUUUUCCAAACCUCACCCUAUGUGUCUCCUUCUAGCUGUUGACUGUGUCCUUUAUAAGAAACUAAUCAUAAGUAUAGGAUUUUCCUGAAUUCUAUAAUUCUAGCACAUUACUGCACUUCUGUGGCAGGGGCAGGUGGUGGCUUCUGGGAAUUCCAGAUUUGUAUUUGGCCUGGAAGAAGUGCAGGUCACCGAGGGACCCCAUUUAUACCUGGCACCUGACGUGGAAGUAAUCUUGCGGAACUGAGACCUUUAUGUGUGGGAUCUGUGCUAACUCCACAAUAGUGUCAGAAUUGAAUUGAAUUAAACGGACUUGUAGGAAAAUUGUGAAUUGUGGGAAUGACAUAUUUGGUGUCAUGAAAAGCCACACACUACUUGGGGUGGUGAACACAAUACAAUAUAAAGAUGAUGUAUUACAGAAUUGUAUGCCUGAAACCUGUGUAAUUUUAUUAACCAAUGUCACCCCAAUAGAUUGAAUAAAGGAAAAAGCAAGAAAGAAAAGCCAUGUACUGCACCAGGCCUUCUGGAAAAGACUGCAGGCAUUUGUGAUUUGCCAGGACUUUUUGUAGGCCCAAGGAUCUGAGGAGGGUGCAGUUGUGACAACCUACAGUAAUUUCUGUCAGUUACAGUGAGAGAAAUCAAUAGCGCUUGAAUUGUCCAGCAUGAAAUUAUUAAAGCCUGAUUAUCUAAAAUGAAUCAGUAAUAUAAAAAGUGCUUAAAUCUUUGGCUCUGAAAUUAUUGUGAAAUACCUGAAUGUUAAAGCCAGUUUUUAAAAAAAAUUUUGUAUCAGUAAUUACCAUUAAACAUGGGUUUAAUCCCUGACUUACUGAUAAUGGCUCAGUGGGUUGAGCAACGUUCUGUGAACUGAAAGUUUGCAGGUUUGAUUCCUGAUCAGAGCACAUGCCUCGGUCAUAGGCCAGGACCCCCGAUUAGCAUGUGAAAGACAACCAAUUGAUGUUUCUCCCUCUCUCUAAAAAUAAUUUUUUUUUAAAGAAAAAACUGGGAGCCCUGGCUGGUGUGACUCAGUGGAUUGAUCAUGGAGCUGCAAACUGAAGGGUCACCAGUUCAACAUUCAGUUGGGGGGCAUGCCUGGGUUUCAGGCCAGGUCCCCUGAUGGGGACAUGUGGGAGGCAACUGAUACAUGUUUCUUUCAACACAUUGAUGUUUCUCUCCUCUCUCCCUUCCCUCCUAACAAAUAAAGAACAUUUGUAAAAAACA